ACGUCAGAGCCGUGUUUUGGGCGAAACUGCGGCACAUGUCCAUGUCCCCUGUUCAAAGGAGCCAGAGGAUUACCCGGUGCUUUAGGGAAAGAUGGCCUUCAAGGACCACCUGGUUCUCCUGGUAUCCCAGGGCUUCCUGGAGAGAAAGGACAUCGUGGAUAUGAAGGAAUCCCUGGCGUGUCUGGUCCAAUGGGAGAAAGUGGUCCUCAAGGAAUAAAAGGACAUCAUGGACUUCCAGGAGUCUUUGGUCUUCCUGGACUUGGGGGCCUUCCUGGUCUUCCAGGAUUAGAUGGCUGUAAAGGAUCCAAAGGUGACCCAGGAUUCCCUGGCCUUUACGGCCUUGAUGGCCCUCAUGGACCAGCUGGACCAAAAGGACAAAAAGGAGCCAAAGGCGACCCUGUACACAGAGCACUUUCCUCUCCUGGUCAACCUGGUAUCACUGGACCUCCUGGUUAUCCUGGACCACCAGGACCUAAAGGAGCUUAUGGCCCACAAGGUCCCCCAGGGGAAACUGGACCUCCUGGACUACCAGUAAGAAAUUAGUUCUGACCUCCAGUCUGUUUGAUGCUGUAAUAGCUUCAUUUAUAUAUGUAUCAAUUUGUGACAUCCUGAGUCAGGGGCGAGGCGUGAGUGAGGAAAUCCAAAAGCCUCCACUUGCAGAAAUGCACACAAAGACGGGAGCAAG